CUUCUAAUUUUAAAAUAAAAGAUUUAUUAGAAAAGUGAUAAAGCAAAUCGCAAAUAUUAUCUGUUCAUUUUUCGUCAUAACAUAAGAAUUUUGUAAUAUUCAAUAACAAAAAUUUUUACAAAAAAAUUUGUUGAAAACAGCGCGAAUUUACAGUAAACUGUGAAAGCAAAACAUAAAAAACAAUAAUUGGAAAGAAAAAAACAGCAAACGGCGAAAAUCUAUAAGAAAGUAUAAAACUAAUAAAGGUGGAUCAUAACCUCAAUUUUUAUGUGUAAGUGGAGGAUUAUAGAGAGAAACGUCAAAAACGCGCGUAGCCACUUUUUCACUGUUAAGAGAGGAAAAACUUUUCCAUACAUUUUAUUUCGAUUUUUGCCUUCUAUAAACUAAAAAUAUAUAAUAGCAAACGUCUACAGCAACAAUACCGAUACGAGAAUUACUUGUGAACUAAGAUAGAUAUUGAAAAGGUACACAAGUGACAUUUGGUGCAAUUGGUGGCUGUACUUCACCAUAUAAUAUAUUGCAAGAAUCGUGCGUGUGUGUUUAUAAGUUUGUAAAAAUUUCUCCCAAACGGAAACAAAGUUUUCAACGGAUUAGAAUGGAGGUCGAUGAUACGAUUGCAAUAAGUUCUCCAGGUGAUGACGUUGAAGAUCACGAAGCACAAACUACUACACAGGCCUUAGAAAAACACAAUACAGAUGGAGAAGCGGAGCAAAGUGUGGAAGAGCCGCCAGAUGAAGACGAGCUUGAAAAUUUCUCAAAUAUUACAAAUACUCCGUUUAAACUAGAAGUCUCAGGUUCCGAAAUUGAAGAUGAUGAAGAUGUAGAGACUGUGAAAACAACCACUGGGAAAGGAGUUAGACGCAAAUUAGUAACUACAUCUUUGCAGGAGGAGAAACUAGAACAAGUUAAAGACGAAUUAGAAGAGUUGAAAGAGGUAGCCAUGAAACGUAAACGUUAUGAAGUGCGUAACUCAGACUCUGAAGAUUGUCUCUUGGGUUUUGAUGAACAUAAUGGCGAGGCGGAAUUAAUAAAAUUUGAAUUAUCAGAGAAACGUUUAGUUGAACUGGGCGAAGAAGGCAUUAAAUUACCCCGCGAUGUCUAUACAAGUCCAAUAUGUUCUCCUAAAGUUAUGAAAAACGUUGAGGAGACGUCGAACGAAGAGAAAGUCCUUUUAUUACAAAAGUCACCUAAAGAUGAGGAGAAACCUGGAGACAUACAUCUAGUUGCAAUGGAUAUUGAGGAUAAAUCAAUACAAUCUACAGCUCAUAUAGUGGCUUAUGCUGAAGAAUGUAACAAGGCAGUGGUUACUAAUAAUAAUUCUUUAACCGUCAACACCAUGACCGCGAGUAAGGUAAUUAAUACGACUUCUGCAGACACUGUCGCUGGUCCGAUUGGAAAGAAAAUAUUGUCGCCUCAAGAUAGUUACUAUAAGAAACCGUUUGAAUACGGCUGGAAACGGGAAUUGGUAUGGCGAGCAAACUUAGAGGCUAGCAAAGAUAAAGCUGAUGUGUAUUUCAUAUCACCGGCUGGAAAGAAAUUGAGAGCACGCAGCGAUAUUGUCCCUUUACUUGAAGGAGAUUUAACUAUAGACCAUUUUUGUUUUGUGCGCGAGCCGUUAGGUGCGGGCCCUGAGUUGGAAACAGUACGAAGUGCUAAACCAUCCUCUCGAGCCUCAGUAGCAGCGGCUACCUUGGCAGCAGCUCCCUCGCCUCCUAACAUAGGCAAACGUAUAUCUAAACCCAAAGGACCGAAAGGUGCUAGCCCUCCACCUCAGGGGUGGACUCCUAGCAAGGCGUUGAAAGUAAAUAAUGCUGCGCUGCUAAGUAGCAGCAAUACGGGUCGCCACAGUUCUUCGUAUCACCAUCACUAUUAUCAAGGCACACCACCUAGUAACAAACGUCAAGAUCAACAUCACCAGCAUUCUCAUACAUCUGGCGGUAGUAGCAGUCAUUCCAGUAAAAGCAUCAAGUUAAAAAAAACUGUUGCCACUACUGCCAAUAAACAACAACAAACUGAAUAUACUGACAACAAUGUAAUUAAUACUCCCACUAGCAGCAGCAACAACAGCAGCAUCAAAUUUACAAAUUCCACUAAAGCCCGAGAACCAUGCUCGGUAAACUGUCUGAAGGCAUGGGGACAAGUACCGCUUCUGCAAUGCAUCAAAUGCCUGUGCCACUAUCAUCAUCAAUGUAUGGGUCUGACACCACAUAACAGUGAUUAUCGUACGGUUUACCAUCUUCAAGGCAAAGAGUACACAUGUGAGAAUUGCUGUUCGCUCAGUACUGGCGGCAUUAAAGUGACUACGAGAAAAGCUUCUCUAGCAUCAUCAGCAAUGGGACAUCCAGAUAAUAAGCUACCUCAGACAAUAGCCGUUGUAAAGGGGAAAAAAUAUGUGAUGGUGGCUAAGCCUUUGCAUCUGCCCAACGAACAUGUUAACGACAUUGAGAAUGACUUAAAACAAAUCAACGAUAGCAUGCGAAAAAAUCGUAAACACUCUUUGGAAACAUCAUUCCCCAUCCAAAAUGUGAAUGCAGCGGCCAAUAAUGCUUUGACUGUUGAUUAUUCAAAUAAAUUAUUUGCCAAUAAUUUCUUUGCUCACGUAUCAUUCGCCUACGAUGCUCUGCUCAGUAUAUUGAAAUAUUUAAAGAUACACGAACGUCCUCGCGCAGCCGCGGUGUGCAAAUUAUGGAAUGUGGCUGCCAAAGAUACUUCGCUAUGGCAAACAGUGCGUAUGAAAAAUUCUAAGGUAUCCAGCUGGUCUGGUUUUGCGGCAGCUCUUAGACGUGGCGAAACUAAACAUUUGGAUUUACGUAAAAUGCUCCUGACAAGCGGCCGCAGUGAGGAUAUGUGGCAAGAUUUUUGCGAGAAUAUCGGUACCGUUUACUCGCUGGAGACCAUUGAUUUAUGCCGUUGUUCAGUUCGUGUGGUGGAAAGUUUAUUUCAAAGCAAUCGCAACUUGCGUGUUUUGAACGCAUUGGCCAUAAACGAUGACACCAUUAACUUGGAGUAUGUCGGCUUACUUAAUAAAUUGGAAGAGCUACGUUUGCGUGCGUGUGAGGCGGCUGUAUUAACAGGAGACUUAUUGCCUUUAGGUGCUUCAAGCACAUUGAUACAUUUAUCCCUAACCUCUGUAAGAGGCUUAGGCGCCAAAAAUAUUGAAAUUUUGGGCGAUUUAACUAAUUUAAAGUCUUUGGAGUUAGGUGAGUGCGGGGACUUCGAUUCAAGCUUUUCGGAAGCAGUAUUGCCUAAACUCAUUAAUUUGCAACGCUUACGUUUGGAAAAUGGUCAAUUGACUAAAUGCUGUACACUUAAGGUACUCGAUGCGGCGGCCCGUCUGGCGCAAUUGUAUCAACUAGAAUUGGUGAAUUUCGAUAUAAAGCCCGGUUUUGAAGAAAAGCUAAGCUUGUGCACAAACAUAACAAAAUUAUUAAUCAUUCCUACUUACAUCUCACAAUCGGCGACAACCAAUAACAUUGUUUUAAGUGCAGUGCAACAAGUAUCGGGAAUUCUUAAGUGUUUCACAUGGGGCGUUACAGUCGAGCUAUUACGCGUGACUGCCUUGUACGUAGAUCAGUGUGAGGAAUCAACGAAAAAAGAAAAACAUCAUUUUGAUGAGUGCAUACCGGUGUUGAAGCCAGUGCCCGGUGCUUUACCUAACAGUGAAGAAGAACAUGAAGAGGGCACUCAAAAAUUAGUAAGUAAAAUAAACACAAACAGUAGCGAAGGUGACGGCGGCGCUGACGAUGGUGGCACAAGUAUCAGCGAAGUGCCACAAAUCGAAAUUCUGCCUUUGGAUAAAGUGGAAACAAUUUUGGCCGAUAAUUUACCGCAUACUAAAUUUACUAUAGUUAAGGUACCGUAUCAUAUGACGUGCAAGCAACAUUUGGUUGAAUAAAAACUAGUUUUAACUAAAUGAAAAACUAAAUAUUAGACAUAUAGUGCGAUAUAUUAAAAUUAAAAAAUGCAACAUAUGCUGUAUAAUUUUUAGGUUUUUCAUUAGAUUAUGAAGAUAUAGAGUCUCCUCUUCUCUCCUCUUCCGCCAUUAUUGCGAUAUAUUUACGCUAGAUAAUGUAUGAAAUGCUGAGCGUUAGUGAUGUAAAAUGAUGGUAAAUUUCUUUGAAAUUAUUAAAAUUGUUGGAAAUUAUUCCUCCUGCUCUUUUACCUUUACUAGUUAAUAAGUUUAAUUUUAAUUGAUUAUGAUAUGACGUCGGAUAGUAAUUAUUGGCCUAUCAGCUCGUUCGGAGAAGUCGAAUAUUUUAUUUUUCGUGUAUUUGAUUUCUGUCGAUGUGUAUCUAUAAAAUUAGGACUGUU